GACACACCAUCAAUUCCACCAGCACUCAAGAAUACUAAGCUUGGCUUCAUUGCCUAUUCCAAAGGGAAAAGAGCGACAUACUACAUGCAAAUAUUUCCUGACGCACACAAAAAGAUGAGAAUUAGAGGAGAAAGUGAUGAAGAUUUUCGGAAAAAAUUUACCGCAGAGCGAUCGAGACAAUUUGAUAUCUGUGAAGCAACAGAAAACCUAAUGAAUGUGAAGGUGCCUAGUUUGUCUGAAAGAUAUCGCAUUUACACAGAUGAAAAUUACUCAGUGAAACCAAAAGACGGUAGGAUUUUAAACCACGCCAUAGAAGAACAUACUCGGUUGCUCAAAAAAGUGGAAGAAAAAUUAGAACAAGUAAAAAACCAUGAUAUUGCAUUGUUUAACUCCAAAGGCAGUAAAUUAAAAGAAGGAAACGAGUUCCAACAUGCUUUCAACACAAGUCAGAUCCAAAGCCUGGAAAAGUUAAAAACUACUGUGAAUAAAAACAAGGGGACAUUGGAGAAUAAGCUCAGUGACUUUAAACAAAUAUUUAAAGGCAUUCAUUAUAUCUUUAUUUCACAGGCUAAAAAGAAGAAGAAAAAAACAUUAAAAAGGCAAACAAAAGAAAGCAACAACGCUUUGAUAAAAAUAUGGCCAGGAUUUAUAAGAAAUGUGUUGUAA